UCUCAUUUCCGGUGUAGAAAUUUCCUGUCAUGUUGUAAGUCUGUAAGUCAAACGCAAUACGUUGUACGUUGUCUGACACGGUGUCAGUUCUUAAAACGAACAGCAAACAAAUAUCGGUAUUUUGUUCUGAGAAUGUCAUGAGAAAACGGUGAUCUCAGGUGUAAUAGUAGCGAAAAUUACAGGUCUUUCACGUUCGCUCGAUUUAAUCUUAGCCUUGGAAACGGCCCCGGGUGAGACGGUCAUACACUAAUCAUUGAUGUUGCCAUGAUUGCAGGUGUGAGCGAUGUCUUCCCCAUCAACAAAGCCUCUUCCUGCCCCUACUUUUGGCAUCAUAACGGAUAUUCAGUAUGCUGAUAUCGAUGACAGUUAUAAUUUCCAGGGUACCCGUCAGAGAUACUACAGAAACUCGUUGAACCUGCUGAAAAAUGCAGUAAACUACUGGAGAGAUUGUCAACCCAAGGUUGACUUUGUCCUACAGUUAGGGGACAUUAUAGAUGGAAAAAACAAGAAGGAUGAUGCAUCUAGAACUGCCCUAAUGGCGGUCAUGGCACCCUUGGCAAGCCUAAGAAAAUCUGUUUAUCAUGUUAUAGGCAAUCAUGAAUGUUACAACUUCUCUCAAGAUUUCCUGCUUAAAUCCGCCCUCAACUCUGCAGCGCGUGUCAACUGUAAGGGAGUAGCAGGGAAGGCAUUUUACACAUUUCUUGCCUCCCCUGCACUGCGCAUUGUAGCUCUCGACUGCUAUGACUUGAGUGUUAUCGGUACUCCUGAAAAUACUCCUGAACACGAUGAAGCAAAGAGAAUCUUAGAGAGAAAUCCGAAUGCAGAUAAAAAUCAGCCACAUGGAAUGGGAACAGACAGACGCUUUGUGGAGUUUAACGGAGGGCUUACUAGUGGGCAACUUGAAUGGCUUGAGCAAGUUCUAUUGGAAGCAGACUCUAACAGAGAAAACGUUAUUGUUAUUGGUCACAUCCCCAUAUUUCCUGAAGCAUGCGUAGACUAUUCCAGCCUGUGCUGGAACUAUGAGGAUAUCCUGCGUGUCAUCGACAGACACUCAUGUGUGUCGGCCUACAUGGCAGGUCAUGACCAUGACGGGGCGUCAGCCGCCGACAGUGAAGGGAUUCUACACAUCACAUUCCCAGCGGUUCUCGAGACAGAGCCAGGGAGCAAUGCUUUUGGGACGGCCACAAUGUAUUGUGAUAGAAUAGAAAUAGUAGGACAGGGGCGUGUACAAAAUUAUUCAAUUAAACUCCGAUAUCCUACCUUGAUUUUAUGAUGGAAGAAGAUAGAUAUGUCCCCUUAUGCAGACUGUGAUAGAAAGAAGGAAACGGCUAGUGAUCCAUGUAGUCGGAGUAGCUAGUGGUCCAACUAGUACCAGGCACAUAAUUUAGUGAUCAUGCACAUAAGUUCAAAAAGUUAGUUAUCCGCAUUUAUUCCAUCUUCCCGAUGCAAGGGAGUUAACUGACUAUAAAUGUCCAGUUUCCACCCUUGCCGAACUUGGCUGGAAUUCCAGAGUUACAUUUUGGCUGGACUACAAGUGUAUGCAUAGUCCAAAAUCGCUUAACGAACUGGACAUCCAAUUCGUAAACAACUUUGAUACAACAUGCACAUUUCGGUCGACUGAAGGGUUUGCAAAGCAUGUUUAGCGCCAGUUGGUGUCGACAUAUAUUUUUGCAAAUGUUUUCAUGUUUUUAAUCAAGGUGCUCAAGUAAUUUGAUGCACUUCGUGAGGUAAGACCUGUUAUAUUACAGUUUAGAUCUUGAUUACUGAUCAGAUUGUCAUGACUGGGUGCGGCCAUUUUGUUUGAAGCAAAUGAAAGUGAUAUGAGAUGUGGAAUCUGAUUGGUCAAUAGGAGGGACAUAGAAUGGACAUAACUCAUAAUAGCCACUGGUGGCGCUACGAUCGAACCUGGAAAUUCCAGCCUAUUUUGAUAAGGGUGAAAACUGGACUUUUAUAGUCAGUUAAUGCCCUUGCCUUGGGAAGAAGUGUUAAUUCAGAAAGUUAGUGAUUAGGGCACAUUUAGUUCUGGGAGUUUGUGAGGCCCACUUGGUUUACAGAGUUUAGGAAGCUUAUCAGUUCAGGAAAAUGUUCAGGGAGUUAAUGGCCUAGGCACAUGAUGGAGGUUUAUCUUCCAGGCAUAUUCGGGAUGCCCGUGAUCAGACCACAGUUAGCACCUGAAACUGGUCUUAAGGUCACAGUAAGUUCCAAACAAUUGUGUUAUUUAUACAGACUUCCUGUACUUACCUGUAUUUACCUGUACUGUAGGGCGCUAAUGUGCCAUGCUUUUGAUUCUGUAAGCUAGUGAUCCUGGUGCAGUCUGUUCAUUAAGCUUGUGAUAGAUAGGAGAGAUUGCAAGUGAUACUGUCUUGCAUGUGUUACAGAUACUACCAUAUAUUACCAGCACAAAUGACGUCAAAUUGUCCAUACACUGCUAUUAAUGUCUUGUCAUCCAGAGUUAAGCUGCUCUGAACAUGCUGAAACCAUGUCAAUCAUAUGUCGUUUACAGAAAUGUAUUGUACCACGAGCCUACAGGAAGAAAGAUACCAAAGGUAUACUUGAAUAUUGAUAUUAUAUAUUUACUGCAAGAUAAAAUAUCAUAGGUCAACUUGAAGUUAGGUACCAAAGGCCUACUUGAAGAUUUAGACAGUUGCAUAGCUUUCCUUGAAAGUAGAUACCAUAGGUCAACUUGAAGAAAGAUACCAUAAGUCAACUUGAAGAUAGAAACCCAUAGGUCCACAUGAAGAUAGAUACAGUCGGUCAACUUGAAGAUAGAUACCCAUAGGUCAACGUGAAGAUAGAUACCCAUAGGUCAACGUGAAGAUAGAUACCAUAGGUCAACCUGAAGAUAGAUAGCCAUAGGUCAACAUGAAGAUUGAUACCCAUAGUCAACUUGAAGAUAGAUGCCAUAGGUCAACUUGAAGAUAGAUACCCAUAGGUCAACAUGAAGAUAGAUACCAUUGUCAACUUGAAGAAAGAUAUAUGCUUACGUCUACUUAAGUAAGUUUUGCCUUGGUAUACAUGCUCUGUCCAGUUUGUACCAACAGGGUCUCACCAACUAUAUAUAUGUUUGUGCUGUUCGCAAGAACACAUGUUUUGUACAAUGUUUGCCCUAUUUCAUUCAGCAUAUGGCAGGUUGUGAUAAGAGUGCAUAUCAUGAUCUAUUGUCAUGGAGUAUUUUUGUGGAAAACAUUUAGAUUUCUCUACUGGUGCGUCGUAUAACUAUCAAAGUACUGGAGAGGAGGGAGGGGAUGUUUUGACACAGGCAUUUAGCACCAAUUAUUGUUGAAAUAUACCACUAUUCCCCAUUUUGUUUUGAUAUUAUUUUUAACUGAGAAUGAAUAAAAGUUAUUUAUGUCCAAACAAACAAGUAGUUUUUAACAAUUACUUGUUUGUAUUGACAUGAAUUAUUCUUGAAUCAUUUCACAGUUAAAUAUAAUAUCUUUCAUAGCGAUAGAUUAAAUAAAUUGUUGAUGUUGAGUGCCUGUGUUUUUAACAUGAGAUGUUAUCACAUUGUGAGUCUGUCAAGUUAGAGUGAGUGAGUGAAUUUGGUUUAGCGCCGCUUUAAACAGUGUUGCAUUUAUGUCACGGCGUCCGCUUAAUGUGGGAGGAGAGCUUGAAGUGAUGCAAGUCAUUUACCUCUUUGGUGAGACCCAUUAGUGUGGUUAUGGUGCUGACAAACCUAGAAAUUAGGGCGGACCAGGAUUCAAACCUAUGAUCUUAGGUUUCUGGCACGCCAAGGAACGCAACUCUGCAUAGCAAAUUGUGACGCCUUAGACAACUGGGCCUCCGGUGCUGUAUGGAAAAUCAGUUCUGUAUCUGAUCCAUGGCUGUCAGCCUUGUGCUCUUAUCAUUGUGAUAUUCUUUUGGAUUAAAUAUCCACAAGCAAUGUGAUAUAUUGAUAGCCACUCUAGUUUAUAUGCAUAUUGAAAAAUAUUCUUUUUUUUACUAAAUAUGUCAUAAAUGUAUUUCACCAUGUGUUUGACAUAAUAACAAUAUGUAGCUAUAUCCGCAUGGGAUGUGUUACAGUCACUUUGUCCAGUUGAUGAGGCGUUUUAUAAGUUGUACCUGUUGUGAUAUGUCAUGUUGAUGUCAUCACUGCAGCUGUGUUUGUACGGAGUUGUGUAUUCAACUCUGGUGUGUGGUGUUCACUACAGAUGUGUUCUAUGGUGUUAUCACUACAGUUGUGGUGUUAUUGCUACAGUUGUGGUGUUAUUGCUACAGCUAUGGUGUUAUCGCUACAGCUAUGGUGUUAUUGCUAUAGCUAUGGUGUUAUCGCUACAGCUAUGGUGUUAUCGCUACAGCUAUGGUGUUAUCACUAUAGCUAUGGUGUUAUCGCUAUAGUUGUGGUGUUAUCGCUAUAGUUGUGGUGUUAUCGCUACAGCUAUGGUGUUAUCACUACAGCCAUGGUGUUAUCGCUAAAGCCAUGGUGUUAUCACUACAGUUGUGGUGUUAUCGCUACAGUUGUGGUGUUAUCGCUACAGCUAUGGUGUUAUCGCAACAGCUAUGGUGUUAUCGCUACAGCUAUGGUGUUAUCGCAACAGCUAUGGUGUUAUCGCUAUAGCUAUGGUGUUAUCGCUACAGCUAUGGUGUUAUCGCUAUAGCUAUGGUGUUAUCGCUACAGCUAUGGUGUUAUCGCUACAGCUAUGGUGUUAUCGCUACAGCUUUGGUGUUAUCGCAACAGCUAUGGUGUUAUCGCUAUAGCUGUGGUGUUAUCGCUAUAGCUAUGGUGUUAUCACUAUAGCUAUGGUGUUAUCGCUACAGCUAUGGUGUUAUCGCAACAGCUAUGGUGUUAUCGCUAUAGCUAUGGUAUUAUUGCUACAGCUAUGGUAUUAUCGCUACAGCUAUGGUGUUAUCACUACAGCUAUGGUGUUAUCGCAACAGCUAUGGUGUUAUCGCUAUAGCUAUGGUGUUAUCGCUAUAGCUAUGGUGUUAUCGCUAUAGCUAUGGUGUUAUCGCUACAGCUAUGGUGUUAUCACUACUCUGUGCUAUGAUGCGAGUAUGGAAUGGGUUGGUCCUGUACAAAGUGAUACAAGUAUAUAUUAGGGUGACAGUAACGUGGUAUGAACAUUAAUUGUAAAAUACUAUUCUCAUGUUUGUUUAUGUACAAGAGGUGUGACUUAAUGUAUUUUUGAGCUACUAACUUUCAUUUUUCUUUGAUACAUUUCCUUAAACUUGCAAGUGUUGAGACUUAAUGUUCAGUAUUACAAACUUAUAAUGUCAUAUUGCCAUGAACUGGGGAAAGGAUGGUCUCCAGGUGAUGGUUCUGUUCAUGCAAUGGCACACCAAUCAUCAUUAUAUAACUGGGGGUGGGAUGGGAGGUGGGGUGGGGGGAGUAAGGUAAGGGGGUCAUCAUUACUCUUUACAGGCUCCAGGGUCCCCCCCCCCCCCCCCCCCCCCCCCCCCAUCAAACACAACCACUCACAAUGGACUGUGAUCAGGAACGACGAUUGUCACAUCAUUUGAAGUGCUGAUUGUAAAAUAUAUUAUCGCUAAACAUAAUAUUUGUUCUCAGGCACGUGACUUUUUUCUCAAUGUUGUACCUUGAGACACUACUUUGAAUUUGUCAAAGCAGAAUUGAGUUUUUCUUUGUUGUGUGUUUCAGCUAUUGUCGUUGUCUUUGAACUGAGACUGUUUUGUUAAGCAUUAUCAUAAAUAUGAAUGUCAGUGAGAAAUUGACUGCAGUGAAAGUAUGCUUGUUAACUUAUUUCAUUUGUUUGUUUUUUAAGAAAAGUGGGACACCUGUCACCAGGAAUAUGUAUUGGUUGCAUACUUGGCAUUUUAUGACAUAAAUUGUCAAAACAU